CUUUACUACCACCUUCUCUCCUCAUUUUAUUCACUAACAAAUACCUCUCUAGCUAACCUAUCUACUCUCUUCUCCCUCUCUAUAUAUAUACAUUUUCCCUUAUUUUCACCACCUAUAGCUAAUGCAAGAAGAUAUGAAUCUAUCCAUUAAUGGCCAGUCUCAGGUCCCUCCAGGUUUUAGAUUUCACCCUACUGAAGAGGAGCUUCUCCACUACUACCUCAGGAAGAAAGUGGCCUAUGAAAAGAUUGACCUCGAUGUUAUACGCGAGGUUGAUCUUAACAAGCUGGAGCCUUGGGACAUACAAGAGAAAUGCAAGAUAGGAUCAACACCACAGAACGACUGGUACUUCUUCAGUCACAAGGAUAAGAAGUACCCGACUGGAACUAGAACAAACCGUGCAACAGCUGCCGGAUUCUGGAAGGCUACAGGUCGUGAUAAGAUCAUCUAUAGUUGCUUUAGAAGAAUUGGUUUAAGAAAAACUCUGGUUUUUUACAAGGGACGCGCCCCACACGGACAAAAAUCUGAUUGGAUCAUGCACGAGUAUAGACUCGAUGAAAGCAACAAUGAUACCAAUCCUUCCAAUUCAAUGGCAGAUUCUUCACCUGAAGAAGGUUGGGUGGUUUGUCGUGUAUUUAGAAAGAAGAACUAUCAGAAAACCCUAGACAGUCCUAAAAGCUCGUCCACUUCUUUGGAUUCAAAGUCCCAGAUGCUAAGCUCAAGCAACGAUAUGGUUCUCAAUCAAAUACUUAUGUACAUGGGAGGAAGUUGCAAGAUGGAGAACGAAUCAUCCAACACCAUGGGCAUCUCCAACAACAGUAACGGCAACAUGAGACUGCUCACCGGCACUGCUGCAAAUAACACAAGCAUCAGCGAGGUGCUCCACGAAAGAUUCAUGCAUCUCCCAAGGCUGGAAAGUCCAACUCUACCUUCGAUUCCCAUCAACAGUUCACCUUUCGAUCAAGAUCGAAUCUUCAAAUCUUGCUUUCAAUCAAUUGAUGAUAUUCUCAGGGAAACCGAGCCUUCUUCCAUCAACCAAGGCAGUACGGGGUGUGAUAAUACAUCAACCUCAGUUCAAAACAACAACAAAACUGGGGCUAGUGACUGGAUUACUCUGGAUAAGCUCGUGGCAUCCCAACUUAAUGGUCAAGUAGAUAGUACAUCAAAGCAAUUAUCCUGUUUCAGUGACCCAAAUGCGGUUUUCAAUCUUUGUUCUGGUGAUGAUAUACAAAUAUCAAAUCUACAUUCACAUAGAUCAAAUCAAAGCUCGCAAGUCUACAGCACCGAGAAUGAUCUAUGGAGCUUCACCAAGUCAUCAUCGCCGUCGUCAUCAGAUCCUUUAUGCCACCUGUCGGUAUAACAGAAAGCACUAACCAAGAUAUAUAUAGAUCAAAGCCUCCUCAAGUCUAGGUAUAUGUGUCAUAGUUUUUUAUUAAUACUUGUAAUGUUUAAAUAAAUCUACCAGUCUCAGAUUAUAAAUAAUAAUAUUUUAGAGAUAUGGGUUGUCAAUACUAUGCUGAUUUGUCAACCAUUAUAUUUCGCUAAUAACGAUGUCGUCCAUUAUUAACCAUUGUCAUUGGAAGAAUGUUGCUGAUUUUGGGUGCCGUGAAAUUGAUGAU